AUGAAACUGUCGCUGCCCAUCUUCGCGCUCCUGCUCAACGCUGUUGCCGGCCAGCAGCUUGCCUUCCCCGGCGCUGAGGGUCUCGGCCGCUAUGCAAAGGGCGGACGCACAGGUUCGGUCUACAAGGUGACGAAUCUCAAUGAUUCCGGAACGGGGUCGCUCCGUGAUGCCGUGUCGCAGUCCAACCGCAUCGUCGUCUUCACGGUUGGAGGCGUCAUCAACAUCUCCUCCCGGAUUGUCGUCAAAUCCGGCGUCUAUAUUGCCGGCCAGACUGCCCCCGGAGGUGGCAUCACCGUCUACGGCGAUGGCUGGUCUUGGUCCGAUGCCAACGACUCCAUCGUCCGCUACAUCCGCAUCCGCAUGGGCAAGGGCGGCUCCUCGGGCAAGGACGCCAUCACCAUCGCCUCAGGCGCGCGCAUGAUCUUCGAUCAUGUCAGCGUCUCGUGGGGCCGUGACGAGACCUUCUCCAUCAGCGGUGAUGCCGAGGACGUAACUGUCCAGAACUCCAUCAUCGCACAGGGUCUCGAGACUCACUCCUGCGGUGGCCUCAUGCAGACCGAUGGCGGCAUCAGUCUCUUCAGAAACCUCUACAUUGACAACAAGACCAGGAACCCCAAGGUUAAGGGUGUUAACGACUUCCAGAACAACGUCGUUUACAACUGGGGUGGCGGCGGUGGCUACAUCGCCGGCGACAGCGACGGCCAAAGCUACGCCAACAUCAUCAACAACUACUUCAUCUCCGGCCCUUCAACCUCCGUCACUGCCUUCACCCGCGGCAACGCCAACUUCCACGCCUACGUCAAGGACAACUUCUACGACUCCAACAGGAACGGCGCCCUCGACGGCUCCGCCCUCUGCGAGAAGGACACCUGCUACUCCAGCAUCGACUUCCAGGCGUCCCCCUACAACUACGCCGCCCCCUCAAAGCUCUACACCGCCACCGAGGCCGUCCCCGUCGUCCUCAACAGCGCCGGCGCAAGCUUCCCCUCCCGCGACGCCGUCGACGCCGCCCUCGUCGACCAGGUCCGCUCGUACGGCACCAAGGGCGCCCUCAUCUCCGACGAGGCCUCCAUGGGCGGGCCCGGGUCCAUCAGCGGCGGCACGUCCCCCACGGACACGGACGGCGACGGCAUCCCCGACGCGUGGGAGUCUGCCAACGGGCUCAACCCAAAUGACAAGUCGGACGGCAUGGCCGUUGCGUCUAAUGGGUACACGAACCUGGAGAACUACGUCAACUCCCUGGUGUCUUAG